AUGUCCCAACCCGGGAUCGUCCUCGCCUUCAACCCAAAGCAGCACUCGCACCUCACGCCGUACAUUGCCGCCAUUCACGCCUCGUGCAUCACGCAGGACCGCACCAUGGCCACAUUCCUGCCGCCCUUGUCACACGAAAAGCUGUUGACGUGGUGGAAAGAACGCAUCGCCGAGGUCAACGACGGCAAGAGGCUGAUUUGGAUUCUCGUCAAGGAGAUUGAUGCCAGCGGGAGACCUAAGGGCCCUGAUGUCAUGGGCGUGGUCAUGCUGUCCACGCCGUAUUCGGAAACGGGUGCAUUCAGGGGAUAUGUGGAGAAGUUGUUCGUUCACAAGAACUUCAGGGGGAGAGGGGGCGCGAGGGCCUUGAUGGAGGCCUUGGAGAAUGGGGCGGCGAAUAUGGGGAGAAGUAUAUUGUUGCUUGACGCGGAGACGAAUAGUGCCGCGGAGGCGGUUUAUAGAAAGUUUGGUUAUGUCGAGUUGGGCAGGGUGCCUGGGUAUGGCAUGAGUCCGACAGGAGAGUUGAAGGAUGCGACGUUUUUCUACAAGCAGCUCCAAUGA